UGUAAGAUCAAAUGAGUAGAUCAAAUGUGGUCACGACUGGGUAUUUACAGAUUGGUAGUGACAUAAUUCAGCUUCGCCACUAGGGGGCAACACACACUCUCUCACACACGCGCACACAUACACACAAUGAUGGAUAGCUGCACGAAUAAAAGCCCCUUUCACUGUGUGCAUCAGUAUCACCUGUAAACAAAGGAAAUCGCGUUUACAUCCAGCGAUAUUUUCCUGUUUUGAUUCCCCUGACUCUUAUCUAACACCUUAUCCAGGUUGAUGCGUCUCAGAUAAUCCUGGUCAAAACACCAAAAGAUGUGAAAUAUGAGCGAGAGCCAAGCAUCUAUCUCUCUGUUUCGGACUCCAGCGAUAGGCGAUUCCUCAUCCUUUUCAUAACCAUCAUUAAAUCCAGUGUGCCAUCUGCUGGUGGACAAAUCAAGUGCACAUGUGCUCCGGCAGACAGGUUCUCCGUGUACCACAAUUAACAGAAAAAAACAAAAACACAAUGAUUUCUGGCAUAUCGUCAGGGGGAAAAUACCUCCUGUUGGUGCGUAGAUAACAUGCAAACCGCAGCCUGUUUAAAUCACGUAUCAUCUGACUGAAGGUGAAUGCUGCUGUCUGUCUCUCUAAAAAAAAAGACUUGCACGAUUUGGAUGUGAAUUUGCAAAGUGUGGCUGCUGCUAGAAGCCUGUGCAAAUCUGGUUAUUACUGGAAAUACUUUUGCACUCGAACGCGUCUCGGCCAAUCGCAGCGUUCAAGUACGAACAGCUGACUUUAAUUUUUUUCUUGUUGUUCGUGGCUGCUGUUCGUUGUAAAAUGUAGUCGAAAUUGUGCUUCUUGUCGAAAAUAUGAAAAGCGUGCGGGGCUCGUCGGUAGACUGUGGGCUGGUGAAUGGAGGUCACCGCAGACACUGAGUGAGCGAGUCUCAGCGGUGAGACAGAAGAGAGGGGGAGAGGGAGGACGGACCAGCGGCCAGCCGCCUUCAAAAAUGGCGUCUCCGGAGGAAAAUGAGUAAAAAAUAUUAAAACGCGGCCUGCUUUCUUUUAUACUUCCUCGGUCGGUAUUCGCGCUUUGUAUCGCGCUCGCGUUGUGUUUUUAUACGCUGCGGGGGGAAACUCGUCGUCGCUAUUUACUUUGAACGGCUCAAAGAAAGCAGAAAAAAGUGGGGAGCGAGCAUUUGGGGAAAUAAAGGCAGCCCUGUUUUAUUUUGAUGCGUCGUUAGUGACAGCUAGCAUCUGCUGCUAGCCCACAGCUCUGGUCCUCUCCGGAGGAGGGUGGGAACGGUUUUGUGCAUGCACAGAGAAAGAGAGCGAGGGGGGGAGAAGAAAAAAAAAGAGAGAGAUUUUUUUGGAAAUUGGGGGAUUUCUGUGCUCGUCUUAUGGCGGAAUGAUUGGUGACCAACGUGGCCCGUCGAUUGCAAUCUUUUUUCUGGUUGCUAGCAGCGUAGCAGAGCCUAGCCUAAAGAAAGGGGAGGAGAGACGGUGAAAAAGGACGCAUUCAAAUCAAAUGUUUAUCAGCAAUUCGCCCCAUCACCGGCCGAAUCCGCGGCAUCUUCAUCAUGACCGAGGCUGAUUUUGGACUAAAUCUGCAUUCGUGGAAAUGAUAAAUGUGAAAGGAAAAGGAGGAAGACUGGCUUUUUUGGAGGUGGUUGGAUUAUAACCCCGUAGACCCCCCUCUUUUUUCAUCCAGCUUUCUCCUCCUCCCCUCCAUUUCUCUUUCAAUAUGCUGUUUUCCACUCCUGAGGACUUGCUUAUGAAACCGGGGAAAAUAGCCUGAAACCGACAACGGGAAAAGACUGGAUUUUUUUCCGAUUAUCUGCUCUGCGACGUUCGCGUCGCUUUUGUCCUCAUCGCACACAUUGUACGCCUCAUAAAUGGAUAGAAAUUACCCGGGAACAGGAUUCGGCGAUUUGGGCGCAGGAGCAGGAUGGAGUUACGAGCGAUCGGCAAAAGCAAGUCUUGUAUAUGGGAGUUCCAGAUCAUCCCACCCUGAGUCUGAGCUCCUUCACCGACAAGCCUACGCCACCCCACACCCUCUGCAGGGCUAUGCCACCAAUCACCACCCAGGGAGCUCUGGCCAAGGCGGGGCUUGGGGAGCAGCUGGACGGAGUUUGGGUCUGUCAGGGCUCUUUGACACUGGCCUACACCAUGCUAGCCCCACUGCCCCUGAUGCCUCCGUCAUGAAUCUGAUCUCAGCCCUGGAGUCCCGGGGUCCCCAGCCUCCACCCUCUGCCUCCUCCCUACUCUCCCAGUUCCGCACGCCAUCCUGGCAGACAGCGAUGCACACACCUGCUCCUCCUGAACUAUUCAUCUCUGGAGCCCUUCCUGGCUCUGGCUCCUUCCCCUCCUCUUCAGCUCUCUCAGCCUAUCAGCAUCCAGCAUCCUUCUCCAGCCGCUCUUUCCCUGCCGCCUCCCUUUCCCUCCAGGACACACCCACAUUCAGUCCCACAUCCAAUGGCCUGCUCUCCCCACAUGACCCCCUAUUACACAUCAAAGCCCCUUCACAGUCCAGCCUGGGUUUUGAUAGACUCCUGUCCUCGCAGGGUGCUGCGGCAGCUGCCUAUAGGGGCAGCCAGGAUCCCACCAGUGCCACAUCAGCCCAGGCAUCCUCUGCCAGGCACCUGCAGUCACACCAGUUCAACCUGCUGUCAUCACAGCUCCAGGACCAGUCGUCUCAGCUGUACAAUGCAUCAGUGUUUUCCUCAGCCCAGCCCCAACCUCAGUCUCAGUCCCAGUCGAAUUCGGCUCAGGAAAGAGCUGUGCCCAGGCAGGACAGCGUUAUCAAGCACUACCAGCGGCCAACGCCAGCUCAAUCACAGCUCUCAUCGUCUGCAGCCCACUCCCUUCAGCACUAUCUCAGCUGUGGAGGAGCGGGGUACCAGCAGAUUGCCACUCACCACAGGCAUGCGGGUCUUUCCUGCAGCCCACUGGGCGACCAGAGCCCCUCAUCUGACCACAAGCCCCCCUCUCGCACUGAACAGUAUCGGCCAAUCAUCCAGCCUCCCUAUUCUUCUUCCUCCUCCUCCUCAUCUUCUUCCUCAGCUGGGAAAGGUACCAAAAGCAGCUCCAGCAGUGGGUAUUCCUCUGCCAGUUCUGCAUCAUCUUCAAGAACUCCUCACACACCCCCUUCUGCAUCCUCUACCUCCUCUUCCUCUUCCUCUUCUUCUGCCACCUCUGGGGCUCAUCCUUCCAACUCAAUCCCCACCUCCAGCUCCAGUGCAGCACCUUCAAGGCAGCAGCCACCCCCCCAGCCAGCCCCCCCUCCCCAGGCCCCUCAGCAGCAGCCACCUGCCACCUCCAGCUCAGCCCCUCAGUCUCUCCCUAAAUCCUGCCUCUCAGGCUAUGGUUCUCCUGUGCCCCCAGUGAAGACCCCCACGUCAGCUCUUACUGGUCAGACCCCGCCCCAACAACAGACACAGUCAUAUUCCCCUAACCAGCCCCCUACUUCCCACCUGGCUCAGUCAUACGGAGGCUUCAGCUCACCACAAGCCCAAGACCUGAGCUCAGGUACAGGUGGGAAAGGCUAUGGCAGCUUAGGAGGGCGAAGCCAGUCAUACUCAACUGAUAUAUAUGGAGCUGACUCUGCCUAUGGGUCACUUCCAUCCUCUCUGGGUGGAGCUGGAAGCCCAUCGCUGGGCUAUGGAGCCCCAGGUCACUCACCUGCCCUUUUAAGGUCAAGUGGUUCUUCAGGUAGUGGAGCUUCUGGGGGAGGAAGUAGUAGUGGUGGAGGAAGUGGAAACUCUGGGUCAGGAGGAGGAGCAGGAAAUGGUAUGACCAAUGAAAGAGGUGGAGGUGGAAGCGGUGGAGGGUCUUAUCAUAUUCCAGACUCUAGCCCCUCACCAUCAGGCAACUCGGGCAUCAUCCGUCCAGGGUUGCAUUCCCCAGUACCCACCUGCCCCACGCAGUCUCCAGGGGGUGCAGGAUCAAAUAAAUACAUCUCCUCAGUUCUCUCCCCAACCUUCCUUGCCUCCCCACAGGGCUACCCCGACACCAGAGGCCCCAGCUCCCAACCUCAGUCUUACCAUUCCACCUCCUCCAAAACAAAAGCAGACACUUCUAUGCUCGGAGUGGGCUCUCAGAGAUCCCAAGAGGAAGUAGAUGACGAUGAAGAGUUCUUGAUCCAGCACUUGCUGCAAGCCCAAGCAAGUCCUGGUCCCCAGGCUGCUCACCACCAUCCUCAACAACAACCCCAACAGACAUCCCAACAAACACAGCCUCAGCCCCAGUCAGUGCCCCCAAGCACUGAUUCAGGCAAAGGGCUAAGCUAUGACAUGGGUAAGACCUCUGAGGAGAGGUACCACCCCCAGAGUGUCAUACGUACCCACAGUGCCACAACCACUGCUGGAGUGGGUAAUGCAGGGUCUGGAGGGUCCAUCUCGGGGCUGGAAAACCAGUUGGAGAUGUCACUGAAGAAACAACAACAGCAGCAUCAGCAGCACCAUCAUCAACAACAGCAGCAAAGGAAUGAGAGGGCUGUUGGAAGCAGCAGGAGCAGUGGAGGGAGAGGCAGUGCUGAACAAGUGCACUCCCACCUCCAUCACCAUGACAACCUAGGUUCAGUUGUCCACUAUGGGAGGGGUGAUCCAUACACCCAGCACUCCCUUGCUCCUCAACACUCCUCACACAGUCAACAUGUGUCCUCACAUGCUCAGAUACCACCCCACACCCAAAUGGAACUCCAAAAGAAGCCACAGGAGCGAGCUGAAAUCCCUUAUCCUCGGAAAACACCGGAAGUCCAGCAGCAGCACUCUCAGUCUCAGGCUACUGCCUCCCUCAUGGACUCUCCUACUGAUCAGACCCGUCAGCCGCCACACCUGCUCCAGUCAGUGCUCUCCCACACCACCCGCAACAAACUGGAGCCCCACCAACAGCACCACAAGAUGGACUCCCAUCGGCAACAUCCGCAGCAUCACAAAAUGGACACCCACCAACCACAUCAGCAACACCCAAAAAUGGAUGCCCAUCCUCAGCAUCAACAGCACCAGAAGAUGGACUCCCAUCAGCAUCAACAGCACCACAAAAUUGAUUCUCAUCCACAACAUCCACAGCACCAUAAAAUGGACUCUCAUCCCCAGCAGCAGCACUCUAUUAGCCAACAGCAGGCUGUAAUGGAAAGUGCUGGUGGGGCACUUGGCUCAAGUAAGCAUCAGGCUCAGUCUCAGUCCCAGUCCCAGCUCCAGCUUCAACUCCAGUCCCAAGCAUUGGAGGUGGCAGCCGCUCACUACAACCACGGCCCCCCUCCACAUCAGCACGAGCAGAGCCAGGUCAAACAAAGCUCAGUAGUGUCUUCCUUGGACAUGCUGGAGCGCUCCCUUUCGCAGACCUCCAGCACAGACGUAGCUGUUGGAGAGGACAGACGUGGUGGAGCUGGCAGUGGGGGGAGGAGUGGAGGUGGCAGUGAGCGCCACAGACAGCAGCAGCAAGAGCAGCAGAGGCAGCACCCAGCCCACCACCACUCGGCUUCUGAACUUCACUCCUUCCUCUCCGAGCCUGAUAUUGGCUUAUCUACCCCCUCCCACAUGCACCAUCUUUCACAACACCACCCGCAGCAACAACAACAGCACCCUGGCUCUCAACACCAACAAACCCACCCUCAUCACCCUCACUCCCAACCCCACCCUCACCACAUACCCCCACCUUCUGCCUCAGCCCACUCCCAGCCUCAGCCUGACCCACAGCAACCACUCUCAUCCCAGCUCACCCCUCAGCAGAGCCAGAUGGACCAACAGCGCUCAGAGCAGCACCAGUUUGACACAGUCAGCCCAGUGGAGAAAGCAGACCAGAAUCAACAAAGUAACCGCUUUGUACCCCUGACUUCCAUCUGCUUCCCUGACUCCCUUCUUCAAGAUGAGGACCGAUCCUUUUUUCCAGGAAUGGAAGACAUGUUUUGCGCAGAGGACUACAAGUCGAGCUGUGCUGGAGGUGCAGGACCAGGGCAGGAGGAGAUGAAUGAAAGCCACACUGGGCAAGAGGGAAUGGAUUCAAUGAAAGCUGGACCGGGUGGAGGUGGAGCGGGAGGAAGUAGUGGAACUAGCUAUGACAUGAUGGGCCACCAUGGUGGAGAUCAGGGUUAUGAACCAUACUGUCAUGGUCUGGAGGAACCCAGCAACAACACCAUGACUCUGGAUCUAGACUCCCUUAAGACGCAUGAGCUCCCUUCCACUGUCAACACAGAACAACUUGGAUUGAUCCAGUCUCAGGCCCCAGCUAUGGGUAUGGGUGCAAAUACUGCUGGUCCCAACAACGCUGGAGCUAAAAUGUCAUCUGGGCCUGGAGGGACUGGCGCAGGAGCCGGUUCUAUAGGCCUCCAAUCUCCCAUUUUCUGCUCAUCACGUCCCAAGAAGCUCCUGAAAUCCAGCUCUUUCCACCUGUUAAAGGAGCGCAGAGACCCCAACACACUGCCUAAGAAAAGUUAUGCUCAAGAAUAUGAGUUUGAAGAUGACGAGGAUAAAGCUGAUCAACCAGCUGACAUCCGGCUGAAUAGCCGGAGGCUCCCUGACCUUUUGCCAGACUUGGUGUCCAGCUGCAGGAAGGGAGGAGGAGGAAGUGGCUCUCUCAGCCCUUUAAUGGGUGACAUUGACUUCUACCACUCCUCAGGCUACUCCUCUAUGGGCUCACAUUCUCUUAUGCCUCAGGAUGGACCCAAGAAGAGAGGCCGAAAGCCCACGAGACCCAAGAGGGAGGGUCCACCUCGGCCAAGAGGCAGGCCUCGCAUCCGUCCGAUGCCUGAGCCCUAUACUCCACGAGGAAUGAUGGGGGAGAUGGGUGGAACGACAGUAGGAGGGGGAUUCAGUGUGGAGGGACGAGGUAGAGGCAGGGGUCGUGGAAGCAGAGGUAGAGGAGGGAGGAGGGAAGAUAUGUACAUUGAAAUGAGCGGGAAGGAACCCGAUCAGAUGCACCAGCAUCAUCUCCAUCAGCAGCAGCCGCAACCGCUCCACCACCAGCCACAACAGCAGAUGCAUGAACCUAUUCCACCUCUCAAGAUCAAGCUACCAAUUGGUACCCUGUCCUCAUCUGAUGCGUUGCUGAGGACAGACUCUUUGUCUGGCACAGACCCCGCUUUGUCAGAUGGCUCAGUGGGCUCCGCUCCCUCACUCGGUUUAAGUCCUGGACCCCCCUGCAGCGCUGACAGCACCAGAAGUCAGGACAAGAACAAGCAGAAAAACCAGAUGAUGAGUGAAGGAGUGGAUGAAGAGGGGCUAGAGGACAGGGGUGAUGAGAAGGACUCCGAGUCCAAGGCUGGCUUCGUCGCUUCAUUCUUGGACUUCCUCAAGACAGGAAAGAGACCUCCAGGCUUGGACAUCUCUCCUGGAAUGGAACCUGACAACGGUGAAAACUCCCCCUGUAAAUCAGGAGGUCUGCGCCCACUGUCUCCAGCACCACCUCCUCCACCUCCGCCACCUCCAUUUGGGGACAGCGAAGGAAAUGGAGGUCUUGCUCUGGGCAACUGCUCCAGCCCCAAGCGCUUGGAGGAUGAGCUGAAGAGGAACUUGGAGACAUUGCCGUCAUUCUCCUCUGACGAGGAGGACUCAGUCGGAAAGAACCAGGACCUUCAGAAGAGCAUCUCUUCAGCCAUUUCUGCUCUGUACGACACUCCUCAACUAACUUCGAACAUUCAGCCCCCGCUGUCUCCGCCACCUCCACAGCCUCAGCCUACCCAGUCCCCUCUAACUCCUACAUUGCAGCCCCCUACACUUAGCCCACAGCCUGCCAUGCACACCCCUCACACCUUGCCCGAGUCCAGCGAACCUGAUAUCCUUCAGCCAGAAGAAGGAGACAUGGAUGAGAACAAAGAGGAUGAGAUUGAGGAGGAGGAGGAGGAGGAGGAGGAGGAGGAGAGGAGCACAGGAGGGGAUGAAGAGAGUGAUAUGAUGGAGGAGAGAGAACCACAGCUGGAAACCUUGGGUGCCCCUAAUCUUGAUGCUCCCCUCACUGAGAUUCCUCCAGCGCCAGCAACUCCUGAACCUCCCUCUGCCCCUCCAUCUCCCGCCUCAUCCUCUUCCACUCCUACUCACUCACCCCUCCCUCCCCUCUCCCUCCCCUCACCCCUACCUCCGCCAGAAGAGGAACAGGAGAAUUCUCAGCCUCCGAGCCCCGUCGCUCCCACAUCCCCAUCUCCGCCACCUCCGCCACCCGCUACUCUGCCUCAGCCAGCAACUCCUCCUCCUCCGGCUUCCCCUCCUCCCCCAUCUUCAGCUCAGAAGGAGUCACCUAUGCCAUCACCAGAGUCCCCUGCCUCUCCCGAAGAGCCCCCAGCUCCUAAGAUCACCUCGCUACACCUUGCCCAGAAGCAAGAAGAUGCAGCCAUAGCUGGAGAGAGUGAGGAGGAUGAGAGUGAGAGCGGAGGGGAGGGCAUCUUCAGAGAACGGGACGAGUUUGUGGUACGGGUGGAAGACAUUCGAACUCUGAAGCUGGCCCUGCAGACGGGACGUGAGCCUCCACCCAUCUGGAGGGUGCAAAAAGCACUGCUGCAGAAGUUCAGCCCAGAGAUCAAAGAUGGACAGAGACAGUUCUGUGCCACGAGCAACUAUCUUGGAUACUUCGGAGAUGCCAAAAGGCGAUACCAGCGAAUCUAUGUCAAGUUUCUGGAGAAUGUCAACAAGAAGGAUUAUGUCAGAGUCUGCUCUCGGAGACCAUGGCGCAGAGCUGCACCUGCUCUCAGACGCCAGUCCCUCCCCAAAAUGGCUUCACCUCCUGCCAGCCAGGCACCGCAGAGAGUAGUCGAGAAAGAGGAGCGAGUCGCUCCACCAGUGCAGCGUGAACAGAGGGAGAAAACAAGAUCAGCAACCACGACGACAACAAAAGAACCACGGGAGAAGAAGGAGGCUCCAGCAGCUGUGCUCAAGGCCAGGGAGAAGGAGAAGGAGAAAGAAAGGGAGCCUGAGAGGGAGAAGGAGAGAGAGAAGGAGAGGGAGAAGGAGAAGCGAGUGCAGCUACAGCAGGAGAAAGUGGAGAAACGUGCCGCAGCAGCAGCAGAACGAGGCAGAGCCAAGGAGGAGAAGAAAGCAGUGGAGAGGAAGGAGAAGGAGAAGGCUGAGCGCCCACCCAAGUCCAAGCCAUCCAAAGUGAAGGCGGAGCCACCGCCCAAGAAGAGGAAGAAGUGGCUAAAGGAGAUACCUUCAUCAUCUGACUCGGACUCAUCAGAAGAGGCAGCUAGUGAGAACGAAAUGCCGGUGAAAGGUGGAGUAAACAACCGUGCCAUGAGGGAGAUGUUCAGGAGCUACGUGGAGAUGCUGGUCAGUACAGCACUGGACCCCGACAUGAUCCAAGCCCUGGAGGACACAGACGAUGAGCUUUACCUCCCACCGAUGAGGAAGAUUGACAGCAUCAUCAGCGAACAGAAGAGGAGGCUGCUGAGGAGAAUCAGCAUGAGCUCUCAGCACCAGGAGGUCCUGCAUGCGUACCCACAGAUUAUUGUAGACCCCCUGGACACAGGAGUGGUGAGGGUGCGGCUAAGCGGGGAUGCUUACAACCGCAAGACCCUCAACAGAGUCAAAAAGUCCCUGCCUAAACCACAGGACCUUAAACUGUCAGCCGAUACAUAUCGGAUCUACAGUCUCUACCACUCCCUGCAUCACUAUAAAUACCACACCUUCCUACAGUGCAAGAAAGAGACCAACACCAUUGAGCAGGCAGCUGAGGACCCGGGCCAAGAGGAAGUGGUGCAGCAGUGCAUGGCCAACCAGAGCUGGCUGGACACCCUUUUCGGCUCCUUCAUCGAGCUGCUCACACUCAGUACCAAAGCCUGAGACAAAACAGGAGAGAUGGAAAUGAAUUAAAGUGAGAGGAUUUUAAAAAAGAAAAUACAAAAAACGGACAGAGAUGGAUCCUACUGUACAGCCCCCCCGACCCUCUUCAAAUCUCUAAGAUCUGAGGAUGAAAUUUUGAGGCCCUUGACGAACACAAGGGGGUCUGUUCAUGUGACCUCGGACACUGGCCUCUUGUUCUUUUUCUUGUUGUUGAUCAAUGACUAAAGACAUGUCGUACUUUGUGAGAAGGAAGGGACCCCACCUGUUCAGGGGUCGCUUGGCAGGUCAAGAGGGAAUUGACCGCCGGUGAAAAGGGAGCAAACGCGAGGCGGAAGGGACAAAAAGAGGAGGAGCCGUAACGCCAAGUCAACGGAGGAGAAGGAGGAGCCACUGACAUCUUGUUAACUGUGUGUCAUAAAGACGAUAGUUCAAAGAGAAACUAUUACCACUUAGUUUUUACAUAAAUUAUUUUUUUGAAGACUAACAUCAGCUGUUGGCUUUUGAAAAGAGUGGAAGAGGGUGAGAAUGCUUUUUAAAAAAAACUGCGUGUAGAGUGUGCCGUGAGCAGCGUGAACAUGGACUCGUCCACGGAUAGAAACAUGAAAUGUGAUAAUAAACACUCUCUCUCUCUCUCUCUUUCUAUCUCUCUCUCAUCCUGUGCUAUGUGAAGGGCAGCCCCAGUCUGCUGUGUGAUAAUAUAUAAACACAUUUUUAUUAUUUAUAUGAGGAGGUUUUUAACUUAAACUCUCACAAGCACUGGGUCGCUGCCCUGACAUUUUAAAUACCUUUUUAUUUGCCACAGGUUCGGUAUACAAUCGUGACCCACAUAUCCAAGCCGUCUUCCCCUCUAUACAAACGAACAGACGUCGAGACAGAAACAUUGGGUGCAACACGGUGGGUGUAAAAUAACUUUGAAAAAAAAUGAUAAAAGAAGAAGAGAAGAAUGGGAAAAUCUAUUUGAAACUUAACAUUGUUGUGCUUCAGUUCAAUCAUCAGUCAUGCAGGUGCAAAGAAAAAUAAGUAAACUAUCCAUUUCCCAUUGUGGGAAGAAGGAGUAUAAAUAAGUAAUAUUUAAAGAGGAAAUAGUCAUUUCAUUUUUAUCAUUUUGAUGUUUGUGCAUACUAUGACUUAUUUUGAAAACAAUCUAAUUUUCCAUAAAAAAAGGAAAAAAAAGACAUGUAAAUAUUGUACAGUUCUUGAUGAAAUUCUUUGUCCUUCUGUACAUUAACUCUCCUGUAUUUGAGAAACAAAUAAAAUCUGCAAAGAACAAA